AGUUUUGAAAUGGAGGGAUCCCUGUUUCACUCUUACCUCUUCCCCUAGGUUAACAAUGCAGGAAGUAUUGAAAACAACAACAGCCCAAGUCACGUGACACAUUCAGAUAUGACCAAGACACUGGACCUGCUCCUUAACGCACCCGUCUUUAUGACGCAGUUGUGUGUACCGCACUUGGCUAAAACCAAAGGCAACAUCAUCAAUAUCUCCAGUAUUCUAAGCACAAUGGUUGUCCCAGGGGCGUUCCCUUACAGUUGUGCCAAGGCUGGACUGGACCAGUUCACAAAGUAUGCAGCAGCUGAGUUUGGAAAGACAGGAAUACGAGUGAACUCUAUAAGACCUGGUGCUGUGAUUACUCCGAUACACACUCGAGGCAAGUUAACCCAGGAAGCAGCAGACCAGCUUCUUGGAGCAUGCGCAAACUCUUCCCUCCUUGGUUUUAACGCCACCCCGGAAGACAUCUCCGAGGUUGUCUCGUUCUACGCUUCGGAUGCCGCCAGAUUCAUCACUGGAGAUAUCAACACCAGCGAUGGCGGGCUCACUGUUCCUGUGGUUUUCAAUGGACCGUAAUUGGAAGUUCCUUUCCUUUCCAUACUCUAGCACGGCACAAUAAAUAAAUUAUAAAUCAAACAAA